UAGAAAAGGCAUACAUUUUUGUCAAGAAUAUGCCUUUACGGCCUGAUGCUUCGGUUUGGGGUGCUCUUCUCGGAGCUUGUCGAAUCCAUGGAAAUGUUGAGCUGGGAAAAUUCGCUUCAGAAUGCUUGUUUGAAGUUGAUUCGGAAAAUGUUGGGUACUAUAUCUUACUAUCGAAUAUAUACGCAAAUGUCGGACAGUGGGAAAGUGCGGAUGAAGUGAGAUCAUUAGCUAGAGACCGUGGAUUGAAGAAGACAUCGGGGUGGAGCUCAAUUGAACUGAACAACAGGAUUGAACUCUUUUAUACCGGGAACCAAUCCCAUCCACAUUGUGAGGAGAUCUGCAAGGAGUUGGAGAUUUUAACAGCUAAGAUUAAGACCGUCGGUUAUAUUCCGGACUGUAGCUUUGUGCUGCAGGAUGUUGAGGAGGAUGAAAAAGAGUAUAUCCUUAUGAGUCAUAGUGAGAGAUUGGCUAUCACGUAUGGAAUUAUCAGCACCCCUCCUAAGAGUCCAAUUCGGAUAUUCAAGAACUUGCGCGUUUGUGGGGAUUGCCACAAUGUGACUAAAUUCAUAUCAAAGAUUACAGAGAGGGAGAUUAUUGUGAGGGAUUCGAACCGCUUCCAUCACUUCAAGGAUGGCAUUUGUUCUUGUGGGGAUUAUUGGUGACAUGGAAUAUUGAUAUUAUCAUUCAUAAA